CCUCUCGGAAACUUUCUUUGUUGCUGGCAAAAAAAGAAGAAGGAAGGUUUCUUUGCUAAUAAGUUAAUAAGUGUAAGACAAAUAGUUAAAUACAAUAAUGUUUUAAACACGAUUUCAAAGAAGAUGUAGCCCAUUUUUAAGCCUACUCGUUUCAUUACCUAAGUCUAGCGAUAUUAUAAAUUCUAAUUCUUUUGCACACAUAUAUAAUGCAUCCCAUCAUUGUAAAAUAAACACAUAUCUCUGAUUUUUUCGAUCAAAUACAUAUAUAUAUAUAUACACAAAUUAUUUGAUAAAACACAAAUGAGGACUUCACUGGCUUUUUCUUGUUCAUUGAUUGUAUUCCUAUUGUUACUCUCUCAGCCUUUGCUAAUUUCAUCUGAAAAUCAGGAGAGUGAACGAAGACUUGCACAACACGGUGACUCCAAUCCAUUGAAUCAUCAUGACUCUCUUCGAGUUUUCAUGAGGAAAGCUCGUGUUGGUGGUGGUAGUCGUGGUGGUGGUCGUAGUCACCGUCGUGUCCCUAGUAGUGGUCAUGGUGCCGGUGGAUCAUCCGCUACUAGUCGACCUUCUCUCUCGAUCGCAUUGCUUUUCGGUUCCACGGUCGCAAACUCAAUUCUGUUAACAUUCUUGGCCUUCUAAUUGAACUCUUUUUUUAUCCUUGUAUUUUAUAAUUUGUAUCUUGCGAGAACCCUUUUUCUUUUGAUUAUAUUAUUGUUGGUUCUACUCGUGUGACAUGAAUGUAAUCGAAAGCUAAUAAAUCAUUCCAAAUUUCCCCAAGAAAAUGUUGAUAGGAUGAUAAUUUAAUUUAAGAAAACCUUAUUCAUCACAUCUUGACAUUGUAAUCUUUAGGUAUUGUUGGAACAGCAUGUAAACUAAAUUCUUAAUAUUAAAGUUUGAGUAUAUUCUUUUUUGGUAAUAUCGAUACAUAAAUUACAUGCCAUGAGAAGAAAUAAAUUAAAUAACAUUUCAAAGUCAGCUUUUCAAACCUAUGAUCUAUUUUCAUUGGACAAACAGGGAGUUUGAAAGUGGAUAAUUGUUAACAUGGUGUAUACGUACGUACUAUACUACUAUAGACUCCUCAGAUUGAAUGUAAAAUAAGUUUUUCAAAUAGUAAUCACCUAAUUAUCCUUAUUGAACCACUCUUUAAAAAAUUAUCUAUCAUUCAAUCUGAAGUAGUCUAUAUCAUAAUAUAUAAACGAGAAAUAUUCAUGUUAAAUUUCAAGAGAAGAAAAUAAGAGUAGUGAAUAAGCUUUUAACCAAAACAGAUUAGAUUGUUCAUUGCAAAUAGGAGAUACUCCUCAUCAAUUCAUUAUAGCAAACGAAAUAAAUUGAACUUAGACAAGUGACAACAUAUCUAGUUGGGUCUAGGAGUAGACCAUUCGACCCUAAGUAUGAGAUUAUCAUAACCAUAACCAUCCAAUGUGUUGAUUGCUUGACAAAACCAAAGCCUUUACUCGUUCCUGUCUUCUGGUCCAAGGCCACAUAGACUCCCAUUUUUUCCUUACGAUAUAUACUCUCCUUUCUCCUCUGUUUUUACUAGACAUAACUAAUUCUGAUUUAUUGUUAUAUUCCACGAGAAGAAGGAACAACAUAAUUUGAAGUUAGAUAGCCAUUUUUAAACAAAAUACAUAGACGAGUUUUUAAAGAUAAUUCUACUUCAAUUUCAAGAGAUGGACACAAGUGAAUGAGUUUGCCAGAACAGACUAGAUUGUCCAUUGCUCAACGGACAUGUUCCUCCCCAUUCAAAAGCAAAGCAGAAUAUAUUUUUAUUUUUCCAUGGAGUGGAAGAGAAAUCAAAGCAACUUUUUGUUAUUGUUAUCUCUCCAUUGAUUGGAGGAAUAAUGAAAAGUGAAAGAAACAGGGUCAGGUGUGGGAAUCAAAUUUUACCCGACAAUUUGCUGCUUUUUUUUCCCAUCAGAUUCUUCAAUCUUUGUUCUGUUUCUGAGUUGUAAUCUUUGUUCUGUUUCUCUCGUGUCUUUGUGUAAUCCCACGCAAAGAAUGUCUUUUAGAGAUACAGUCCUAUAUAUACUGUUACUCAGUGGUUAACUUACAUCUCCAUACAAUUUCUUAAGAAAUCAAUCUUCUUCUGCAGAAGCUUUCAUAAUCUUCUGCCAUGAAGAGAUCCUUGUUGCUAACCAUCAUCAUCUUCUUCAUCGCCUAUGCUUUUGCCGAAGAACUUCAAUGUUGUUCAGACAAAACAGUCAACAUGGUUCACAUAGGCAAAUUCCUUGUUUGCUCCAAUGUUUGCUGUAGCUACUUCAAAAGAUAAACAUACAUUUUAACUCUCUUUUAAAUGUUGCAGAGAGACCAGUCGUCAAAGUGACUGAUAGCAAGAGAGCCCAUGGGAGUUCACAGACGAUCAGGGCAAGAGGUGUUUAUGGAGGUGAUUCCAUGAUCAGACCUAAAGGAAAGAAGAACAAAUCCAUGGCCUCCAUGACCAGAUCUGCUUCACUUGCACUACUUCAUGUAAUAAUUGCAACUCUGGUCCAUAUUUUCUUGUACUAAAACGUAAAAUCCUAAAAAUCAAAAAAUACAAGCCUAUCACUAUCAGAUAAGGGUUUCCACUA